AUGCCCAAGCUCGAUGAAGACUGGAACAUUGAUUGGUUUCCCAAAUUGCAAGACCUGAAGAUACAAAAUUGUCCAGAAUUGAUGUUAGUGGCUCACAUCCCCUGGACUGAAACUCUAUGUCGUGUCAAUAUAAAUGAUGUAAAGCUACUAGUGAUGCUUGGGUACAAUUCAGAAUCAUCCUAUUUGUCUAUUACUGGGAAGGAUGAUCUACAGAGCUUAGAUCAGGUGAUAUCAUUCAGUAAACUGACAGGGCUCGAGGAGCUAACUCUCAAAAAGUGCCCACCUCUGGAGUCGAAGCACCUUCUGAUGCUAACCUCACUGAAGACAUUGGUUGCAGAGGGUUUGAAUGGUGUGGUUGGGCUAGGAGGUGAGGGUGAUGUGGAAUGGCAGCAUCCUGUUGAGCAUCUUGUUGUCCAGGAAUCACGCAGUGCUAGUGGGAAGGACUUGACAGAGCUCCUCUCCCACCUCCCAAGGCUCUCCCAAUUGAGGAUCAUAAAGUGUGAAAUAACACAACUGGCAGUGGGGGUGGAUCUGCAACACACAACGUCAGUAACAACAUCAGAGGUGGAGCAGGAGAAAGAAGACGAUGGGCUGCUGCUCUUCCCAGCCCAUCUCUCUGACUCACUACGGCAGUUGGUUAUCGAGGAAUGCCCAGAGCUGGUCCUGGUGGACACCCCUUCAACUUCUGUUCCUGCCCGAGGUGGAGGUGGGCUCCAAGCCCUGCGAUCCCUCCAGAGGUUACAAAUUCGGUUCAGCCCCAAGUCAUCUCCUUCCUUGCAAGUCCUUGAGAUUUCCGGUGCGGAAGGCAUGGAGACGCUGGAGCAGCUCUCAAACCUCACCUCUCUCAUCCAGUUAGAAUUGUGGUAUUGCGGAGAGGAUCUAAGAUGCAAGGGCCUGGGGCCUCUCCUUACCGCUGGGGGACAACUCAGAGAAUUGACCGUCCUUGGCAGUGCUAGAUUCUUUGCUGGAUGGGAUCACAAUCCCAGGCGGGUGCUGCAGGAUGAAGGAGGAGAAGAGCAGGAGCUGCAACAACUUGUUUCCACCCCGAGUUCAUCCAAACUGCAUAAGCUUUGGACAGAUGACCCUGUGGGACUCCUUGCUGCGCCCAUCCACAGUUUCCUGUCCCUCACCCACAUGUGCCUUCGAGGGGACGAAAAGACUGAGCGCUUCACCAAGGGGCAAGAGGAUACCCUUCACCUCCUUGCCUCCCUACAGCAACUCAUGUUUGAUGCAUUCGGCAAGCUUCAGCAACUCCCUGAAGGGCUGCACAAGCUUACCAACCUCAAUAAGUUAGUGGUCUGGUCAUGUCCGGUCGUCCGGUCACUACCCAAGGAUGGCCUCCCCAAAUCACUUCAAGAAUUGGAUGUCAGCUACUGCGGCAACGAAGAGCUAAAACAAUAG